AUGUGGCGGGAUCGAACAAACCUUUACAUCUCCUAUCGCCAGUCCUUCGCUCACCACCCGGCCAAAAAACCACGUCACAUUGGAGGAGCCUGGAGUGACCAUGCAGACAGCACGGGGCUCUCAGAAGAGCGCCGCGGGCUCAUGUCCGGCGGUGGAUUCGAGGACGACGGAGAUGCUGUCAUAGAGAUGGACCUGCUGCCUCCUCGGUGGAUGGACGUACAGGAUGAAGUUACCGAGUACCUGCGAGACAUUUCCCGAAAGUCCGCCCAGCUGGAUAAGCUGCACCAGAAGCAUGUACUGCCAGGGUUCGGGGACGAGGCCGCCAGGAGAGAAGAGGAGGAUAUGAUUGAACAACUGACCCAAGAUAUCACGAGGGGAUUCCAUGAUUGCCAGAGAUCAAUACAGAAAGUCGAAGCAAUGGCUCGAGAUGCCCGAGAGCAAGGAUCCGGUGUGAAUAAGGGUGAGGAUACGAUGGCGAGGAACCUGCAGAUUUCUCUUGCGGCACGGGUGCAGGAAGCUAGUGCUGGAUUUAGAAAGAAGCAGAGCACAUACUUGAAAAUAGAAUCUGACGCCGACAAGUCAUACUCUCAAUCCACCCUCCUACAAGCGGCACAGCAACAGCAACAGCUGGGCAGUAACGAUGCAGCAAUUGCACAACGAGAGCGAGAAAUUAACGACAUUGCAAAGGGCAUUAUUGAGCUCUCGGAUAUUUUCCGUGAUUUGCAGACCAUGAUUAUCGACCAAGGAACGUUACUAGAUCGCAUCGACUUCAAUGUUGAACGAAUGACGGUUGACGUUAAAGGUGCCGAGAAAGAAUUGAAAGUGGCCACAAACUACCAAAGACGCACAACAAAACGGAAAAUACUCCUCCUUCUAGCCCUCCUCGUCGUCGCCAUGUUCAUCAUACUCCUCGUCAAACCAAAGAAACACGCUGCUCCUGAACCAGCUCCUCAACCUCCUCCCCAAGCACCACCACAAAACCCACCACCCGAAGGACAAAACCAACCCCCUCGGAGAUCCCUCCCGCACAACUACGUGUCGUUUAAAAGGGGUCCGAGGCGGACUACCUCCCGCAACAGUCUCCUGAUUGAUAUAUGGGAUGAACCAGGGAUCCCACUACCGUCGUAA